AUGACCACGGUCACAGAGGGACCUGGGGCGAAACCCCUGGGCAUGGCUCGCCGGACACUGGGAAUUACCCUGCUACUGGUAGUGGUUGUGCUGUGGACGACCUCGAAUUUCCUCGGAAGUACUAUCUUCGCCGACAAGACCUAUGCGCACCCCUUCUUUGUGACUUACACAAAUACCUCGAUGUUCACCAUGCCUCUCUUUUUCAUUAUCGGUCGUCGGACAUGGAACCUGUGGCGCGCCCGGAAAUUCUCCCAGAUAACUUCUCUGCGGAGUCUGUUGAAUCAUUUGGACUCGCAUGAUCCCAAGGCUGAAGAGGAGAGCAUGUUGCAUAGCGGAUCCGACGAAGAGGGUGGGCGCUUUGGGCAGCCGAGCACAAAGGCGCCAAGCGGAAAAUUGGGGCUGAAAGCUACUGCUAAGCUUAGUGUUCAGUUCUGUCUUCUUUGGUUUACCGCUAAUUACUUCGCCAUGGGAUGUCUUCAAUUUACGUCGGUUGGAAGCACGACCAUCCUCACAUCCACCAGCGGUAUUUGGACAUUGGUUUUCGGUGCCCUGAUCCGCGUUGAGAAAUUUACCAUGCGCAAAUUCAUGGGUGUGAUGGCUUCUCUAAUUGGCAUCAUCCUAAUUUCGCGCGUAGACCUCUCAAAGCCAGACACAGGCGAGACCCCCGAUGGUAAUGAGGGAUCUUUCCCACACAAAUCCACCGGGGAAAUUGCUCUUGGCGACGCCAUGGCUGCCUUCAGCGCCAUCAUGUACGGUCUGUACACCGUCGUGAUGAAGAAGCAAGUGGGCGAUGAGUCCCGCGUCAACAUGCCACUGUUCUUCGGGCUGGUAGGCUUCUUCAACGUCGUUCUUCUGUGGCCUGGUUUCUUCAUCUUCCACUGGACAGGAUUGGAACCCUUCUCUUUGCCAGAGACAAGCCGAGUAUGGACAAUUAUUUUGUCUAAUGCAUUCGCCUCGUUCGUCUCUGACAUUGCUUGGGCUUACGCGAUGCUUCUUACCACCCCUCUUGUCGUGACCGUAGGUCUUAGUAUGACCAUCCCGCUCUCCCUAAUUGGCCAGAUGGUCCUGCAGUCGGAAUACGCCAGUCCCUUGUACUGGGUCGGAGCGGCUAUCGUGUUCUUGUCUUUCUUGGUUGUGAACCACGAGAGCAAAAUCCAGAAUGAGGUUCCCACUAUUCCUGGAGCAGGCGGGUCCUUCUCGGGUGAAUAUAACAGCAUUCCUGUGGAGGAAGAGGAAAUGCGUUAG